UUUGUGGAUGUAAGCGACAACCGGAAGCAGGACAUCGCACCGGACAAACAACCACGAUUGUGACGAUAUAGCGUUAACUAUAUCUCAUCAAAUAACUAUGCCAGUGAAACAUUGCUGUUAUGGAAAUUGUAUUAGUGACUCUAGAUAUAUCGGUAAACGACCAGAAAUGAAUGGUGUCUUCUUUCUACCGUUCCCGAAACCAAAAACACAGUUCGAAAAGUGCCAACGAUGGGUUCGGCUUUGUGGGCGAAAAUAUUUUGGCGUGGAAAAUAUAACCAAGGACACCUAUAUUUGUUGUAAGCAUUUUGUGGGUGAGAAGGGGCCUACUACAUUUCACCCAGAUCCCUUGCCAGCCGCAGCUACGGAAUUUGAACGGAAAAGAUUAUCCAGUAAACGCAAGAGGAAGGCUCCUUCAGAAAGAAAGAAUGAAACACCUGUUACUAAAAGUAGAAAAAGACUUAUUUAUGAGGAACCCGAGGAAGACUUGACCCAGGAAGCAGACUUAAAUGAAGGCAUCGAGUCUAAUCACCAGGAUUUGGAACAUUUGACCAUAUUUAUUCAAAAAAGAAACCAGAGACAGGGGAAUGUAUUACAGAGCCAGAGUCUGAAGAAACUGCAACUUCAAUCUUAUGGAUGCCUGAAGCUGAUGUUUAUAUAGACCUUACAGAAGAUGUUACAGUAGAGGUGACAGCAUCUUACUGUGAUUCACAGACUCAAACUGACGAUAAUGCUAUGGUUACCAGUGUCGAUACAAAAGAAAUAGAAGUGCAGACAGAAAUUUGUUUGGAUAACUUAUGUGAAUUUACAACUGAAGAUUUCCAGAAACACACCAAUAUCACAAGAAAGUUAUUUAUGAAAUCAGUGCUCAAAGAUGACGAAUCUUGUAAAUUCUACACAGGACUGACAAUAGCAAUGCUCACUUAUGUGUUCACAUGGCUGCAAAAGAAGGCAGAAAAACUCAACUACUGGAGAGGUCAAGACACAACAGAAUCUAAAACUAACAUUAAAGUUGGACCGAAGAGGAAACUAACAACUAAGGAGGAAUUUAUCAUAACACUUGUUAGACUGAGAAGAGACUUUGAUGUGGAAGUAAUAAGUGAUUUAUUUGGAGUGCAUCCAUCUCAAAUAAGUAGAAUUUUCACAACUUGGAUCAAUUUUUUGUACGCAGAAUUGAAGUUUCUUAUUUCAUGGCCAUCCCGAGAACAAAUUGCUUCCAAUAUUCCAAAGGCAUUCAAACAUUUUCCAACGACAAGAUCAAUUAUAGACUGUACAGAGUUCUUUGUACAAAAGCCAAGUCUGCCCUCUUCUCAGCGUGUAACAUGAUCUCAGUACAAACAUCACAACACUUUUAAAGCACUAAUUUCAAUUUCACCUACUGGAACUUUCACCUUUAUUUCCAAAUUAUUCACAGGAAGUAUUUCAGAUCGUCGCAUUGUUGAAGAGAGUGGCUUUUUGGAGAAAAUAGAGCACGGUGAUGACAUUAUGGCUGACAGGGUUUUUUUAAUACGUGAUAUGUUAGCCAGACGAUCUGCCACUUUAAACAUACCACCGUUUUCUAUGGGAAAGCAGUUGAGUAGUCGUGCCGUAACAAAGACACGCAGAAUUGCAAGUGCUCGCAUUCAUGUGGAGCGUGCAAUAGGCAGGUUAAAAACAUUCAAAAUUUUGCAAGGAGUUAUGCCUCUUAAACUGCAUGCAUUGUUUGAUCAAAUUGUAGGUGUGUGUGGAGUGUUAUGUAAUUUAGAUACACAACUAGUGAAGUAAAGUUAAUAAAUUAAGAAAU